AAUCAGUAUUCUAGUUACACCCGGCAGGGCUGUACGUAUUUUUAAACACUUUUUUUUUUAUUUUCGCGUGUUCAUAAAUAGUCUUUUGUGUGUGUUAACGUGUUUGUAUGGGAUUUUUGUUUUUAAUGAGAGUUAUCAAUGUCUAAUUUGAAAGAAGAAAGCGAUUCGGACGAAAGCAAUGCAAACAACUUCAAACUGAGCAUAUCGACGGAGAACAUGAUACAGAGCGUGCACAGCAAGGCUUGCCUGUGGAACAAGUACGACCUGGCGUACCGGGACAAGAGCGCGCGCGACCGGGCGUGGACGGAAGUGUACCGGGACGUCUUCCCUGGCUACGACGAGCUGAAGGAGAAGAUGAGGGCUAGAGUUGGGCAACAGAUAUCAAAGAAAUGGUUCAACUGCAGAGACGCAUACGUCAAAUCAAUGAAGGAAGCACAAAGGGGCAAAAGACCGUACAUUUACACAAACAUACUACGUUUCCUCGACCCGGUACUAAGUGACAAAGGUAGCGACAACCAAGUGGUAUUUCUAGAUGAACAAUUAUUUGACGAUGACAAUGAAUCCUGGCAUCCAACAUCAUUCGUUGACAUGGACGAACCACCAAACAAAAAGGCCAAAUUAGAAACACCUUCCAAAGAUUAUUUAGAAGCUACUGAUCCUGAUAAUGAAAGUUUAGUUUCAAUUCUCGCUAGAUUACUCCACAAAGAAGACGAUGAAGACAGAGCGUUCUUUACUUCUUUAGUGCCUUCUGUUAAAUCUCUUACUGAUAACGCUAAAUUAGAAUUUAAAAUUCAAGUUAUGAAAUUGUUAAAGGAAAUCAAAAUUAAAGAUAAAGAAGGGGGAUUUGUUAAAUUGCGGGGUAAAGAAUCUGAUUAGGUAGAUUGAGAAAGAAACCUUUAGAGCUUUAGAACGUCUCACCACUCUGCUCCAAUGCAGUUUAGUGGGCUAAACUAAAUGUGAUAAACUUUAAGUGCUCAUUCGCACGAGCGUUUUUAAAACACGACGCUUUUUACGAGCAGUGUUGCAUUUUAAAUUUUGGGCGUUGGAAAUAGAUCUUUGGGCGUUAAAAAAACUCUCGUGCGAAUAAAUAAGAGUUAACUCUGUAACGUACUCUAUCAGACGUUAAUGAUAAUAAGCUCGAAGAGCAAAGUUAAGCUUUCGGUCCCGGUGAUCGAAGGCUUAACUUUGCUCUUCGAGGCAUUCGGAGCUGCUGAGAAUUUGUUGGGAGAACGACCAACAUUUUAUAACUUAAAACCCAGAACUCAAACCUCAUGAUAUAGGGCCUCUAAGGGCACAUAGAUCGUACAGAUUUUGUUUAAAACAUAUUAAGUACUUGUUAAUAAAAAAACAACAGGAUCAAAACGAUGAUUUGUAAGUAUGUAUAACUGUAUAUAUAGAUAAGAUUGUUUAUAAAAAGAAAGUAAUAAAUAAUGUUCUUUAAUUUUAAUUACUUAUUA